AUGAGCCGCAACCUCGCCCGCCAAUUCCGCCUCCCCCGCGUGCAGAUCCGGGCCGUCUCCAACGCCGCCAGUGCGCCCGGUGCCGCGGUCGGCUCAGCCCACCCCUCCCAGCCCGCCCAGCCAGCUGCGACCCCAGCAACAUCCUCGCCUGCCGCCGGUCCCAGCCAGCCGCGUACCACCCACUUUGGCUUCCAGGAGGUGUUCGAGACGGAUAAGGAGUCGCUGGUGGGGAGCGUGUUCUCCUCGGUCGCGUCCAACUAUGAUGUGAUGAACGACAGCAUGUCGCUCGGCAUCCACCGGUUGUGGAAGGACGACUUUGUGUCGACCAUGCUUCCUCGUCUGCCCGCCAGCGUGCACCGCAACCCUGCGCGGCCAGGCGUUGCACCCGCGCCCGAGGCGCCGAACCCGACGUUCAAGUGCCUUGACGUCGCUGGCGGGACCGGUGACAUUGCGCUGCGGAUCCUCGACCGCGCGCGCGAGAAGUUUGGCAGCCGCGACAUCGAGGUCGAGGUCGUCGACCUCAACCCCGACAUGCUGCAUGAAGGACGCAAGCGCGUUGCCCAGACCAUGUACUACAACACCCCCCAGAUCACUUUCACGCACGGCAAUGCGCAGGCGCUUCCUGCGCACAUUGAGGACAACUCAAUCGACCUGUACACGAUCGCGUUCGGGAUCCGUAACUGCACAUCGCUCCCUGCUGUUCUCUCCGAGGCGUACCGCGUCCUCAAGCCCGGGGGCCGCAUCGGUGUCCUCGAGUUUGGCAAGGUGUCGAACCCGCUCCUGAAGGAGGCCUACCGCCAGUACUCGUUCCAGGUCAUUCCCGUGCUCGGCCAGAUCAUCGCAGGUGACCACGCGAGCUACAAGUACCUCGUCGAGAGCAUUGAGAGGUUCCCGCAGCAGGCCGACUUUGCGCAGCUUGUGCGUGACGCCGGCUUCCAGACGGGCGCGAUGCGCGAGGGUAAGGGCGGAGCGUGGAAGGACUACACGUUCGGCGUCGCGACGAUGUGGACCGGUGUUAAGGCGUAA